AUGUCUACUUCUGCUGGAGAAAAAAUACCUCUUCCUACAAUCGACUUAGUGAAAAGAUGUGAAACUACGGAAAUGCUAAUCGAUUUAUUGAGCAACAAUCUUCAAAAUAGUCAUUUAGAAUUUCUUCGUGAACAAGGUAUUAAUGGUUCAGCAUUUCUUAGGUUGGAUGUAGAUAAGCUUAUGCAGGAUGGUUUGAGAAGAGGACCCGCUGAAAAAAUUGCAGAGUUGAUUAAAAAAAUUAAGGGCGAGGAACAAGCUACGACUGCAUCAAAUCAGGAG